AUGUCUUGGUCAUUUGCCCACAAUGUUGUGGGAGGUGGGAUUUUCUUGGUAAUGCUUGUGGCAAUAGUAGGGGCCACUCCUCCUGGAAUAGCCUACCAUCCAAGCCAUUCUCAUUGCUCUGAUGAUGAGAUCAAACAAUGGAAAAAUCUUCCACAUCCUAUUUGCACUGAUGGCCCACCUCCACCUCCCUAUUCCCCUCCUCCAUCAACACCACCUCCACCUCCCUAUUCCCCUCCUCCAUCAACAUCACCACCAUCUCCUCCAUCAACAUCUCCCAAGAAGUGUAAGUGCAAGAACACGAAAUACCCGAGUUGUUAUAAUCAAGAACAUACUUGCCCCAGUUCUUGCCCUGCUACUUGUCAAGUUGAUUGUGUCUCUUGCAAACCUGUUUGCAGUUGUGACAAGCCAGGAGCAGUUUGUCAAGAUCCACUUUUCAUUAGUGCAGAUGGAAUUACUUUCUACUUCUAUGGCAAGAAGGACUAA